UCCAGCUCUCUGGCUCUCGGCAACUUCAUCCGGCAGCAUCCUGUUGUUUGGUCCUGGCAGGCCGAAGUCGACGAGCUCAAAAGCCGACGUGUUCCUACUGGCAGAACGGCAUGUCCUUUUCGCAGGCUGCGCGCUGCGUUCAGUUGCGUUUCGGUGACUGGUUCGCUUCAUAUUCAGUUCGCUUGAGGACGUGCGUGCGGCAGGACUUGUGAACGGAACAUCGAAACGGCACUUGCCUGGCGGUCAAUUGGUUAAUGUGGCAACAAUCGGACGGCCAUCGCCCGGAUGGGCGAACGGAUAGACGGAUGGAUCCUGUGGAAUGCUGAAUAUGUGCCAAUAUGCCAGUGGGCCUUUAAUAUCCGUGUCGCGUUUGCGGGUGUGCCAGUGAGUGGGUGUGAGACAGUGUCCUUCGGCGGACUAACAGGUUCUCCCGUCCUGUCGAGUGUUAAAGUGCGGCCAGAAGUAUUUCCGAAACAAAAAAUACGGUAGAAAGUUACAAAUCUGCUGCCGCCUCUGUUAUUUUUUCUCGGCAAAAGUUUUGGCGAAAGGAUUAAAGCCCUGAAACGGACCGGCUGGAGUCAAAGGAUAAGCAAAGCGCCGUGGGCCAAAGCCAGAGGAGCGAGGAGCAAAAAGGACGAUGGAAGUGGAAGAUAUGCAAAGCUAACACCAUAAACCCAAAGCCGCCAAAUGCGAGUGCAGAACAAACUACGAAAGUGCAACCUGCGCCCAAGUCUAAUUAAAAAGUCCCGCGCUGAUUCCACGGAUUGCUCAUACGCCGUGUGCCACGAAAGUGGUUAGUGUGUGUUUUAAGGUUUAAAGCUGAAACUCUUGAAUAUCGGUCGAAGAGGCUCGAAGUGUAUGUUUCGAUUUGAUUGUGGGCCAUCAAAGAAUUACUCUGGCAUGCGGCUGUUGUUGCCACAACUGUUGCAUGCAACAUGGAUGGCGAAAAUCGGAUCAUACUCAAUGUGGGCGGAAUAAGAUAUGAAACCUACAAGGCCACACUCAAGAAAAUCCCCGCAACACGUCUCUCCCGACUGACCGAAGCUCUGGCCAAUUAUGAUCCGGUACUCAAUGAAUACUUCUUCGAUCGCCAUCCCGGGGUCUUCACCCAAAUCCUCAACUAUUACAGAACUGGAAAACUGCAUUAUCCAACUGACGUGUGUGGUCCUCUUUUCGAGGAGGAACUGGAAUUCUGGGGCCUCGAUUCAAACCAGGUAGAGCCAUGUUGUUGGUCGACCUAUAGCAUACAUCGCGAUACGCAAAACACCUUAGCCAUAUUAGAUAAGCUAGAUAUUGAAAAUGAAAAGCCCACGGAGGAGCAGAUAGCUCGACUUUUUGGCUUCGAAGAGGCACUGAGCAAUGGCGAGCUUAACUGUUGGCAGCGUCUGAAACCCAAGAUUUGGGCCAUGUUCGAUGAGCCCUCGAGUUCCACGGGUGCCAAGAUCGUUGCUGGCAUGUCGGUUUUCUUUAUAUUUGUUUCUGUGAUAUCAUUCUGCCUGAAGACCCACCCCGGCUUCCGCGUGGACCUGCCCACCCCAGCUGACGGCAGCCAUGGCCCCGGCUCGGGCACAGCAGGUGGCUUGCCCCACGGACACGAUCCGAUGGGAGAGCCCCCACCUCCUCCGCAGACGCACCAGUACCACCAGCACAGCAUAACGCCGCCGAGCGGCAGCAUCGGGCCCACCUUUCGCGUCACUAACUACACCAGCUAUAGUAGCAGCAACUUCACCGCCCCCGGCCAGGCCACGCCCAUUGCCACCAUCAAGGGGGGGCAGCGCCAGCGGCUGAGACGGGACGUGAACGGGAGCAGUCUGAACGAGUUCAUAGAGCAGCAGCUCCUGGGCCACAACGGGAGGAGGAAACACGGCUGGAUCGAAACCUACGGCCAGCCGCAUGAGGCCUUUUUCUACGUGGAGCUGGUGUGCAAUGUCUGGUUCUUCAUCGAGGUCAUCAUCAGGCUAAUAGUAUCGCCCAACCUUUGGCAGUUCAUAAAGUCGCCGGUAAACAUAAUCGACUUUACGGCCACGUUGAGCUUCUAUACGGACGUAAUGCAGCGCAUGGGAGAGUACACGGGUCUCCUGGAGGCCUUCUCUAUUGUCCGGAUAAUGCGACUAUUCAAGCUGACGCGGCACUCGCCAGGCUUGAGAAUCCUCAUCCACACGUUCAAGGCAUCUGCCAAGGAGCUGACCCUCCUGGUCUUCUUCCUCGUCCUGGGCAUCGUGUUCUUUGCCAGUCUGGCCUACUAUGCCGAGAAACUACAGGACAACCCGGACAACCAAUUCAAGAGCAUUCCCCUGGGUCUGUGGUGGGCCAUUGUGACCAUGACCACAGUGGGCUACGGCGACGUGGCGCCCAAGACCUAUCCGGGCAUGUUUGUCGGUGCCCUCUGUGCCCUCGCCGGUGUCUUGACCAUUGCCCUGCCGGUGCCAGUUAUCGUCAGCAACUUCUCCAUGUUCUACUCGCAUACUCAGGCCCGAUCCAAGCUGCCAAAGAAGCGUCGGCGAGUCCUGCCCGUGGAGCAGCCGCGCCGCAAACGGGAGCCCACUGUCCCUCACCGCGGGCGAACGAAUGCCAUUAAACAGACGCCACCCACUGUGCCGGGAUUGGUGGGUGGCGCUGGUGGUGGUGGUGGCGGAGCAGGCGGUGGUCCCGGGCCGGGAGGUGGUGGGGGCAUUGGGGGUCAUGCAAUGGGCCACCCUGCGGCAGCAUCGCCCAUGUUCAAGGAUGCAUUUGGUAGCGCCAAAAUAGGCACCGUGAACGCGAACGGCGUCAAUGUCAUUGGCCUGCACCAUUCUGCGCCACCGAGGACAGCGACGAUGCCGACGAUUCCGAGUGCAGAUCCGACGGCCAUGUCGGCAAUGACCUACCAAGUGCCUAUGCUCCAGCCUCCGCCCACGAUUCCGCAUCACCCGCCCGCACACAGUCACGGCCAUGCUCAUGGCCACGCCCAUAACCAUGCCCAUGCCGCUGCCGGGUCCAUAUCGGGGUCCGGGUCGGGUUUGGGGGCGAUGACGUCAUCGCCGGCAUCUCUCACCGGCUCAGCUGCCUCGGCAGCCGCUGCUACAGCCGCCGUAGCCGCCGCAGCCGCGCCCGCCGGCCCCUCAUUCAUCAGUUCGGACUACUUGAGCGUGCCGGCGGUGCAGAGCCUGCAGCCUCGGGCGGCGACGACGGGCCACGACUUUAUGCUGCCGCUCCAGCCGAAACUCCUGGCCCCCCUGGAGCGUAAGGAUCAACAUCCACUGCAGCUGACCGCCCACAAUCUGGCCUCCGAUACGCACCAGCUAAUGUACACGAGCCACGCCCACAAAACUGCAGGUGUUGGUGGUGGUGCGGCGGUGCUAAGUGUCCCACCCACCUUAAGCAUGACGCACACCCAGAUGCCUCCGGGAAUGGCCAGCAUGGGCCAGCGGACUCCGAACCUGAGUUUCAGGGCCUCGCACGCCGGCGGUCAGGUGGCCACGAUUCAGCAGCCCAUCCCGCACGCCCAUGCCUGCCACGCCUCCACGAACUGCAACAUCAAGAUCUCGGUGGCCUCUGCCUCUGGCUGCCCGGAAGAGCUGCGGGGACCGAAGGUGACACUCCUGGACGAUCUCAGCGACGAAGUAAACUCCUCGACGGACGACUGCGGCGAUUGCUGCCUGGUGGAGGAUAGCGACACUUACGAAGGGGGCACCACCAACAACGGAUCCUGCGGCCAGGGAACAGGUGCAGAUGCGAUAGGUGGGAUCCUGGACGGCGGGGAGGACGACGACGACGGAGAUGGCAGCUGUGUGGGUGGCGAUAGCGGCGACAGUCUGGGCGGGAUCUACAUUGGACCCACCCACUAAGUACUGGAAGCUGGAAUGAUAGGAAUAAAUGUUUAAGGAUAAAGUGUUAAUGUUUGUGUAUUGUGUGAGUGUCUCGUGUUAGGUGUUUACAAAAACUUAAUUCUGAAAAAACUGAGCACUUUCGUAGCCAGGUCAGUGUCGCACAAACAUUUGAGAAACUUCACGUCGUCUGGUCUUAUAUUUUGAGCCAAUUAAACUUAAAAUGUUAGCCAGUUUAGUAAAUUAUCAAAUACACUUUUCAAAAGCUAUUCUUCUUUCUCAUCGAAAAUAUUUAUGUUCUUCUCGAGUUCUAUCUCGAGUCUGCUAAUAUCUGACGUUUCAGCUAAUUAUUCAUUUUUAUUUCUUAAAGUAAAAUUUAAAUAACUUAGAAACGUUUUCUGUGAGUGAGUAUAUAGAGCUGCCACUUGAUUGUGUUGAGAAACUAAGUCACUGCCUUUCCACUUUUAAGCUUAACUGCUGCAAUUUUAUAUAUUUUUUUGUGGAAAAUCCAUUUGCAGGACUCAUUUAUCAAGUGUUUUAAUCAAUCUCUGCUCCCUGCGACAAAUAACAUUUCUUGUCCAGCCAAGACAAACAUCCGUAACAUUUGUAUCAGUGUCCUUAUAACUGUCAUGUUGACAACUGUCAUUGACAGUGUGCUGUACUCACACACCGACGCAGACUCACAGUCUGUGUGUUUUCUUAUGCAGCCGGGCACGUCCGGAACUCUGUCGGAGUCCGGCCAUUUUGCAAACAAAGAGCUACAGAAGAGACAGAAGUUACGGAAGCUGCCCGCAUACAAAGCAAACAUAUCGUCCAUAUAAAAGUGACCACUUGUGUGCGGCCAAGCAGCGAUAGCCCUAUCGCCCACUCCCGCCCACCAUGAAUCCUUCGAUCCUGUGGAUGACACAUCAAGGUGUUUAUUGUGCAAAGUCUUGGGGACAAAACUUGCAUGGCCAACUAUACAUUUCUCGACUCUCGUGCCCCAUUUCCCGGAUCAGACCCUGAAUCAUGGCGAAAAGUGUCACCGGGCAUGUUUAUCUGACACAUUGACUGCCACCAUUUCAAUGAACUUGCGAGCAAAAACUAUGUCGACAAGUCGCACACACGCAGGCACACAAAAGACGGCGACAGCCAAAAAACUAAAGCGUCCUUGGGUGGGCAUCCUUCCUCGGUAACAGAUAAUGGUGUGUGCGUGCGUGUGGUUCACCUUGUAAACAGUCUUUUGUGGUCGCUACUAUGCCAAGUUUUCUUCGACAUUUAUUCCUAUGAAUGGUAAUUUAUUUAUUUAUGGUCGAAAAACGCAAGAAGCUGUAAAUAUUUAAUUAUGAGAAUAGAAAAAGAGAACAAAAAAAGAAAGUAAACAUUGAGAGGACUUCAAAUAAGGUUCAAUGGUAAUUUUUGGUCCAAUACUUAUAGUUUUUGAUGUGCUAAGAGAUUAACCAACAGUCGAAAUGUUUCAUUCCAAUUCUUAUGUAAAUGAGUGUUUAAAAUUUAUUAAUUAAAGGCAUAAGUGAAUGUGAAACAUUGUUAGUAUAGGGAAUACGAACCAACAAGAGCUGAUGGUAAAUGGUUAAUAAUUCUAUUGUGUCAGUAAAAUCAAAUCUGUUGGUCUGAGUGUGUAUCGUUAUAAAUUUAGUCUUAAUUCCGUAAGUAAUCUCUAAUUAAAUUGUUCAAUAUUUACCAAAUUCUAUAGACUAUUAUGUAAGGGUAUUCGUUGACUCGGCUUGCCGAUUCUAUUGUUUUUUCCUAUUUUUAAAAUAGAUUCUUUAUUGUAUAUGAAAAAGUUGCUUUAAAUACUGUUCAAUUUAGAUAAAAAUCAAAUAAUUUCUAAAAUAACAAAAACAAAAGUUUUUAAAAUUAGGACAGCUUUAAAACAAAGAAGAUAAAUCGAAAAUGUUAUUUCAAAAGUAAAAUUUGCAUAAGAAACACAUUAAGUGAGUUAAACAAUUUCCUUUUUUGCAUAAAUUAAGCUGAAUCAGGCCAAUGAUCAUUGGAAUACAAAUUGUUUCAAUAUUAAAAGUUAGUUUAAAAAACACCAGUGAAACUAAUAUUAAAAUUUUGCCUAGCAAAUAACAUAGUUAAGUCCGGACAUUGAAGGACGAGUUCAUGGAAAAUCCGAUUCUAUAGAAAAUAUUAAACCUUUUGAAAGAAAUCACCCACCACACGGCAGGCAACAGGAAUCCGGCUGAACAACAAAUGAAUUAAAACAAUUUUCAAGCUAAAAUCUGAGUGUAUAUAACUAAUUUCAAAGUAAACUCCUUUCAAUUACCUAAAUGUCGAAAUGAUGUGAAAACAGAUACAUUUCUAUAACGUUUAUUGUAAGUAAUGUGUGAGAAAGAAACCAAAAACAAACAAAAAAAAAAACAUUUACAAACAAAGCGAAUUUUUAAUGUUGAAUGAAAUAAAAAAACAUAAAUGAAGUCCUCGAAUGGCUAAUAACAUAUUAAGAACAACAUUGUGGUGUGUGAAAAAUUCCAAUUUUAACAGAAAUAAAAAUAAAAACUCUUUGGAAAAGCAUUCAAAUUUCAAUGACUUUUACUUCUACAAGAGCAUCAUCAUCAACUUUUCCGGGCCGACCAAGACACGUAGAACAUUUUAUGCUAAUCAAACCGGGACGAGGAGGAAAUUCAAUUUCGGGGCCGCCCACACAGAAGCCACGGGCAGGAUUUUUAAUUUAAAGAGCGAACCGGAGGUAGGCAACCAAUCUGAAUGGGAAAAUGCGGCUCCGACUCGCACUCACUUUUCAUUUGGCUUGGCCAUAAACAGGGGAUCAGGUUUGAGGCCGCCCUCAUAAGGCCAUUUAGAGGAAAAUUUAUGCCUGCCACCUCUACAGUAAAAUGGCCCAAAAAGCACGGCCCAAAAAAUACCCACGUGCGCCCUCAAAUGGGAAACUGCAAGAGAUGGCGUCUAAUAUAGACACUUAACCACUUACAACCAGGCCGAAACAACCACACAUCCACGCCGAAUGGCACAAUACGAUUUUGGUACACGUACACGCAGUUGGCACAUCAAAGCGCAAAUCCAUUAAGCAUUAAGGUGGCCAACUAUGCGGGCCAAGGUGUUAAAAACUCAAGAAGGUGGUUAGGA